AUGGAUCUUAUACUAGUCCUACCUGACUUUUCGACCAAAAGUUUCACCCACAUCCUCCCUCCUUUAGAGCGAGCCAAAGUCACCACUGUCGAUCUGAUCACCCUCGACGCCCUCGAGAUCGCGAAACGCGCUCGCGUACCCCCCGCAGACGUCCGGCGUCUCUCCUCCCGCAUCGUCGAGGCAUUGCAUGCCGACAUUGGUUUCAACAGGCCACAGUCAAACACAGGUACAUCCAGCGAUGUCCCAGACUCCAGUAUAGCCCCCGAGGUGGGCUGGUCACUCGGCCCUGCGACGAAGCGCACAACAUCACAAUGGAGUACCAUCAGCACCCUUGAUCCCGCGAUGGACGCCCUACUGGGCGGCGGGAUUCCAACCAGAUACGUCACAGAGGUCACGGGCGAAAGUGGAAGCGGCAAGACCCAAUUUCUUCUCAGUCUCUGUCUAGCCGUGCAGCUCCCCAAACCACACGGACUACAGCGACGAGCAAUAUACAUAUCCACCGAACACCCACUCUCAACAACACGACUCUCCCAGCUCCUAGAAUGCCACCCCGUCCUCUCAGCCCUCCCCGCCGAACAAGCCCCCUCGCUCCAAGACAUCCUAUCCAUAAACGCCAUGGACCUAGAAUCCCAAGACCACAUUCUAAACAUUCAUCUCCCCAUCGCGAUUGAACGCUACAACAUAGGCCUAGUAAUCGUCGACUCAAUAACCUCAAACUACCGCGCCGAAUUAUCAUCCAACAACAUGCAAGCCCGCAUCAAGCGCUCAACACAAAUCGCCAAACUAGGCCACUUCCUCCGCAAUCUCGCCGUAAAUAAAGAUAUUGCCAUCGUCCUCGCAAACCAAGUCUCAGACCGCUUCGAGCCUAUAAACGGUUCCGUCCAGCCAGUUCGACGCGUUCAAUCCGCGAAACAAACAGCAGGCCGUGGAUCCGGCAUGGACUCCCCACACCCGAGAUCCAGGGCUGGAAUACUAGCUUCUGGAAAUGGCGGCCCGGCACCGUCCUCCUCCCCGGCUAUCUCCUCAUCACCGUAUCACGCACAAGACGAUAAGAACUUUGACGGCUCGUACCUGAUUGCGCCUCCUGUGCGAAAUGGCUUGUUGAAUCUGGCGCAUCAGGAGCGCUUCUUUACCGGUUGGGGAGAUGGGGUGUAUACAGAGAGCGGAUUGAAGAAUCCUGCUCUGGGGUUCAUUUGGACGACGCAGGUUUCUUGUCGGAUUGCGCUCAAGAAGGAAACGCGUGCUACGGGGUUGUUUGCGGAGGCGUAUCCGAAUUCCAUGCGGAGUCCGGAACGAGGGACGCAGGAUGUCGAUAGAGAUCCGGACUCGAUAGCUAUGCCUGCGCCGAGUAGAAGGAGUCCUGGAUCUGGGGCGCAGAGUCAGCAGUUUGGUUCUGAGCCGGAGGUUGUUACGCGGAGGCUUAUGAAGCUUGUUUUUUCGCCGUGGAGUGGUGGGUUGAAGGAUGGAUCGAGGAAAGGUCGGCCUGGUAGACGGAGUGGUGAGGUUGAGUUUGAGAUCUGGGAAGGCGGUUUGAGGAGUAUGAGUGCUAAAUAG